AAAAGGCUUGACCCAUCCACCCGACAACAAAUAUCAGUGUAUGUUGGACAACGUUCAGAAAUAUUAGUCUGUGUAAAGUAUUCAUGGAGAUCCCAAGAUGUCGUAUGUGGAUUAUUGUCCUGAUCUCAUGCUGUGCUAAAUAUGCUGCGAGUCAGACUACAGUCGUUGCCUUUCCUGGAGAUAACAGCACAAUCAGCUUCAUCAUCCCACAAGGUGGUCUAGGGACAGGAUCUUCUUUCUAUUUUGUUACACCAAACAGUCUUGUGGCUUUUAUUGUUACAGCAUCGGACACAUUCGUGGCCACUGAUCCUUACAAAAAUAGAGUUGUUUUUGAAGGAAGCUACUCCUCAAGGAACAUGACAUUUGUGCUGAGGAACAUCACAAGAUCAGAUGCUGGAUAUUAUACCUGUGGUGGUGGGGGUGGUGCGAAUCUCAUUCAGGGUUGUGGUUUGAAGCUUAUAGUCAUUGGCGAGCCGACCAAGCCAGUCAUAUCACUGCAAUCAACUCCCGUGGUUGGUAGGAACGUCACGUUGACGUGCUCAUCCACGUCUACAACACUACCUGUACAUCACGGACUGACCUUCACCUACACCUGGAAGAUUGACGGACGUAAUCUUACCUCACCAGGUGGCACUAGUAUCACACUUCCGGUUGAGAGUUAUAACCCACCAGGUGUUACGUGUCACGUGACAGAAAACGAGGGACUGGGGAGAGACAGUGACGUUCGGGUGUUAACUCCUGAUUAUCCUCCGUACAACAUAAGCAUCUCUGCAACAUCGGUGCAAGUGAAGGAGACUGACGACGUACCCCAGGUGACGUGUGUCGGCACGUGUCGACCUACAUGCUCAUAUUCCUGGAAACAAGGAUCCCAGAUAGUCGUGACUGGACAGGUGCUCGAUCUUGGUGCCGCGAACAGGACCAUGGCUGGCAGCUACGUGUGCACAGCGGAUAAUAUAUAUGGCACAUUAGAGAGUCGGGCUAUGGAACUUGAUGUACAGUAUUCACCAGCUGCAGUUGUAAUGGCUAACGGCUUGUCUGGUACUGCUGAAGUUGAUGAAAGAGGUUCCGUGGUCUUGUCAUGCGCAGUAGACAGUAAUCCUUUGUCCAGUAUAUCCAUCAUGAACGGCACUGUCCGACUAAACCACGUGACCGAAGCAGCCACAGCCAGUUUCAACUGGACUGAAGCAGAUUGCCUUGACAGUGGCGUCUACACGUGUGUUGCGAGGAACAUAGCUGGGCAAACGACAGCGUCAGUAACAGUGAAUGCAAAAUGUUCCCCACGACUCAAUUUUCAAUACCCAGCACAGAGAGAUGUGUAUGUUGACAUAGGCCAGCCAGUCAGAUUACAAGCUCACAUCCUGGCUUUUCCACGUCCGACCUUCACCUGGUUAAAACAGAAUGGAGGUAGUGAAGAGCCUGUCGACGUAUCAAAGUGGCGCCAGUACGACGAAGCCAUGACGUCAUAUAUCGUUACGGACAUUGCAGAAGAGAACGAUUAUGGAGUUUAUCACGUAAACGUCAGAAAUCCUCUGGGAAGGUUCCGAAUGCAAUUUCAACUAGGAAAGAAAGCUCCAUUGUCUGUACCGGAGAACUUCCAGUGUCAAAACAAGGUCGGCGGUUACAUCCUUCAGUGGACACCAGGUGGUGAUGCUGAGACACGGGGUGUCGGCUUCCUGGUGGAGCAAAGACUGCCACAGGCCAACUGGACUACAGUCUCGGCCCGUGUUGUAAGUGACGGUAUGCUGAGGCAAAUACACCUGCCUCAGUAUGGAGGCAGUACCGUCUUCUUCAGGCUCUAUGCUACAGAGGAUACUGCAGUGACGUCACCUGUGACAGCGUCAUGCACAACAUUCACUGCCGUAGUCCCCAGUGGUGAGCUAUCGUUCGGUGCAGGGGUGGGCGUCGGCUUUGCUGUUGCAGUAGUUGCUGUAGCUGUGUCGCUGGCUGUAGUUUGUAUCUGCAGGAAGAGGAGACGGUCAAUGAGGAAUGAUUCGCCCAGGAAGAAAGAAGAGGAGUCUGUGUACCAUGAAGUAGCAGCUUCUACUGCGACAGUCCAACACAGUCGCCAGCAAGACAGGCAGCCAGGUGAGGGAACAUCCCGGAACACUUACGAAGCUCUGACAUCGGACAGGGAUACGCCUGUUGAAGCGCCCCCUUACGAGCAACUGGAGAAGCAAUACGUGAACAUGGCGGUGUCUGCAGACGAUGAGACCUAACUGGGAUAACAACAAGAACAAUUUACAGGGUCCGGAGGACAUAGCAAUAGAUUCACGCAGCACAGAAAGUCCUACUCUACGGCCCCCGUGAGGUGUGGGCGUACGGCAGUCGUUUGAGUAUCGUAUCAAGGGGUAUCAGCUUGAUGUAGGGGCCAUGGAAGGGCCAAUCUUCUAAGGCGCCAUGAAUCAACCCGCAGAGCUGCGUCCCUUAUACAUGUCAGAAUCUUGUGAGCAUGUGUAUCUCAGAUUCACCCUGAUCUGGUUUCUUGACUUUGCAGCCCCUUGUUUGUAAUCGUCGGUUUCACCACAACGGUUUCCCCUCCACUUAGCUUUAAUGCCGCAUAACUGAACCACUCUUCCAUAGAUGCGUUAAACUGCUCACCUCACUCACGAACUAAUACCAUCGCUGAACAGCCGAACUGUUUCUAAAGUAUAUGGACACUGUCAAUACAAGUCCUAUUUAAUUCGUUCAGA